GGGCAGGGCGGCCGCGGAGCAGCGAGCGAGCCCAGUGGCCGUGACCGCGGGCGGGCCCGGAGAUCCAGAGCCGGCCGAGCGGGGCCGGAGCCCGCGGCUGACGGGAGGCGCGCGGAGACAGCCGGGCGCGAGGCCGCGCGGAGGAACCCUAGGAACCCGAGGAGACGCCGAGAAGACUGAGGAGACUCUGAGAAGGCUGAGGACACUGAAGAGAGCGAGGCGGCAGAGCAGGCGCUGAGGAGCCUGAGGCGGCGCUGAGGCGGCUGGGGAGCGAACCCCGCUCCCGCCGCCCGCCCGGCCUCCCGCGCCCGCCCGCCCGGCCUCCGCCUCCUCCGCGCGGUUUCUCCGGGCUCGAGCAGCGGCCGCCGAGGAGCCCUCCGCCGGAACAAAGAGGAGGCCGGUAGGGCGGGGGCGUCCGCGGCGAGCAUGGCGGACCGCAGCCUGGAAGGCAUGGCCCUGCCGCUGGAGGUGAGGGCCCGGCUGGCCGAGCUGGAGCUGGAGCUGUCGGAAGGUGACAUCACACAAAAGGGAUAUGAAAAGAAGAGGUCAAAAUUAAUUGGAGCCUACCUUCCCCAGCCUCCAACAGCGAAUGGAGCUGCCGUGGUUCGGUGUAGACUGCAGCCCGGUGAAGGCGCGCCGAGGAGACCGUUCCGCUCCGCCCACAUCGGGGUGUGCGACAUCCGAGAAGCUGCAGCCCGGGAGCGGGCGGCCAGCGCGGCGGGGAGCCGGCCUCUGUUUUACUUUCGUUUCGGGGUGGACCAAGCUUUGCCUCAAGAGCGACGGGCGCCUGUCACUCCUUCCUCUGCAUCCCGCUACCACCGCAGAAGAUCCUCAGGGUCUCGAGAUGAACGCUAUCGGUCAGAUGUUCAUACAGAAGCCGUCCAGGCAGCUCUCGCUAAACACAAAGAAAGGAAGAUGGCAGUGCCAAUGCCUUCUAAGCGCAGGUCCCUGGUUGUGCAGACCUCCAUGGAUGCCUACACGCCCCCAGAUACCUCUUCUGGUUCAGAAGAUGAAGGCUCAGUGCAGGGUGAUUCCCAAGGAACCCCCACCUCUAGCCAAGGCAGCAUCAACAUGGAGCAUUGGAUCAGCCAGGCCAUCCAUGGCUCCACCACAUCCACCACCUCCUCCUCCUCUACGCAGAGCGGGGGCAGCGGGGCCGCCCACAGGCUGGCAGAUGUCAUGGCCCAGACACACAUAGAAAAUCAUUCUGCACCUCCUGAUGUAACCACGUACACCUCAGAACACUCGAUACAAGUGGAAAGGCCACAAGGCUCGACCACGUCCAGGACAGCACCAAAGUAUGGCAACGCUGAGCUAAUGGAGACCGGGGAUGGUGUACCAGUAAGUAGCCGGGUAUCAGCAAAAAUCCAGCAACUUGUCAAUACUCUCAAACGACCCAAGCGGCCACCAUUACGGGAAUUCUUUGUUGAUGACUUUGAGGAGCUGUUAGAAGUUCAACAGCCAGAUCCAAAUCAACCAAAGCCAGAAGGGGCCCAGAUGCUGGCCACUCGAGGAGAACAAUUGGGGGUGGUCACAAACUGGCCACCCUCUUUAGAAGCCGCGUUGCAGCGAUGGGGGACCAUCUCACCAAAGGCUCCCUGCCUGACCACCAUGGACACGAAUGGAAAACCCCUGUAUAUCCUCACUUACGGCAAACUGUGGACAAGAAGCAUGAAAGUUGCUUACAAUAUUCUGCAUAAAUUGGGUACAAAGCAAGAACCUAUGGUACGGCCUGGAGACAGGGUAGCGCUGGUGUUCCCCAACAAUGACCCUGCUGCAUUCAUGGUGGCCUUCUACGGUUGCCUGCUGGCUGAAGUUGUUCCUGUUCCCAUCGAAGUGCCACUUACAAGAAAGGAUGCAGGGAGCCAGCAGAUAGGUUUCUUGCUUGGAAGCUGUGGAGUUACCGUUGCCCUGACUAGUGAUGCCUGUCACAAAGGACUUCCAAAAAGCCCAACAGGAGAGAUUCCACAAUUCAAAGGUUGGCCAAAGCUGCUGUGGUUUGUCACAGAGUCAAAACACCUCUCUAAACCUCCUCGAGAUUGGUUUCCACACAUCAAAGAUGCGAACAACGAUACAGCUUAUAUUGAGUAUAAGACGUGUAAAGAUGGAAGCGUCCUUGGGGUGACCGUGACAAGAAUUGCACUCCUGACACACUGCCAGGCUCUCACACAGGCCUGCGGCUAUACAGAAGCUGAAACCAUUGUGAAUGUUCUAGACUUCAAGAAGGAUGUGGGGCUCUGGCACGGCAUAUUGACAAGUGUCAUGAAUAUGAUGCAUGUCAUCAGCAUUCCAUACUCGCUGAUGAAGGUGAACCCCCUUUCCUGGAUCCAGAAGGUCUGCCAGUACAAAGCAAAAGUGGCUUGUGUGAAAUCAAGAGACAUGCACUGGGCACUUGUAGCCCACAGAGAUCAGAGAGAUGUCAACCUGUCGUCCCUCCGCAUGUUAAUAGUGGCUGAUGGAGCAAAUCCCUGGUCUAUUUCUUCUUGUGAUGCCUUUCUCAAUGUCUUCCAGAGUAAAGGCCUUCGACAGGAGGUCAUCUGUCCCUGUGCCAGCUCACCAGAGGCCCUCACUGUGGCCAUUCGGAGGCCCACAGAUGAUAGCAACCAGCCACCAGGCCGAGGUGUGUUGUCUAUGCAUGGGCUGACCUACGGUGUCAUCCGUGUGGACUCAGAGGAGAAGCUGUCAGUGCUCACCGUACAGGAUGUCGGCCUCGUCAUGCCUGGAGCCAUCAUGUGUUCAGUGAAGCCAGAUGGAAUUCCUCAGUUAUGCAGGACGGAUGAAAUUGGGGAGCUUUGUGUCUGUGCAGCUGCCACAGGAACGUCGUAUUACGGUCUCUCCGGCAUGACAAAGAACACCUUUGAGGUGUUCCCCAUGACGAGCUCCGGGGCGCCAAUCAGUGAAUACCCAUUCAUAAGGACAGGAUUGCUGGGGUUUGUUGGUCCUGGGGGCCUCGUCUUUGUGGUGGGUAAGAUGGAUGGCCUGAUGGUGGUCAGUGGGCGCAGACACAAUGCAGAUGACAUCGUGGCCACAGCUUUGGCUGUGGAGCCCAUGAAGUUUGUCUACAGAGGAAGGAUAGCUGUGUUCUCAGUGACUGUCCUUCAUGAUGAAAGGAUAGUGAUCGUGGCAGAGCAGAGGCCAGACUCCACAGAAGAGGACAGCUUUCAGUGGAUGAGCAGAGUGCUCCAGGCGAUUGACAGUAUACAUCAAGUUGGAGUUUAUUGCCUGGCCUUGGUACCAGCAAAUACCCUUCCCAAAACGCCACUUGGAGGCAUCCAUUUGUCAGAAACGAAGCAGCUGUUCUUGGAGGGCUCCCUUCACCCCUGCAACGUCCUGAUGUGCCCACACACCUGUGUCACAAACUUGCCUAAACCUCGGCAGAAGCAGCCAGAAAUCGGCCCCGCCUCUGUGAUGGUGGGAAAUCUGGUGUCUGGGAAGAGGAUUGCCCAGGCAAGUGGCAGAGACCUGGGACAGAUAGAGGACAAUGACCAGGCCCGGAAGGUGAGAACCGAGUUCCUGUUCCUCUCAGAGGUCUUACAGUGGAGGGCACAGACCACCCCAGACCACGUGCUAUAUACACUGCUCAACUGUCGGGGAACGAUAGCGAACUCUCUGACAUGUGUACAACUUCACAAGCGUGCAGAGAAGAUAGCAGUGAUGCUGAUGGAAAGGGGCCACCUUCAGGAUGGAGACCACGUGGCAUUGGUCUACCCUCCAGGAAUAGACCUCAUCGCAGCAUUUUAUGGUUGCCUGUAUGCAGGCUGUGUGCCAAUCACGGUGCGACCACCACACCCACAGAACAUUGCAACAACAUUGCCUACAGUCAAGAUGAUUGUGGAGGUGAGUCGCUCCGCCUGCCUCAUGACUACACAGCUAAUUUGCAAGCUGCUGCGGUCCAGGGAGGCAGCAGCAGCUGUAGAUGUCAGGACGUGGCCCCUCAUACUGGACACAGAUGAUUUGCCAAAGAAACGGCCUGCCCAGAUCUACAAACCUUCCAACCCAGACACACUAGCCUACCUUGACUUCAGUGUGUCCACGACUGGAAUGCUAGCUGGCGUAAAGAUGUCCCACGCAGCCACCAGUGCCUUUUGCCGUUCUAUUAAGCUGCAGUGUGAGCUUUACCCCUCUAGAGAAGUGGCCAUCUGCCUGGACCCUUACUGUGGACUUGGAUUUGUCCUCUGGUGCCUCUGCAGUGUGUACUCGGGGCACCAGUCCAUUCUCAUCCCACCUUCCGAGCUGGAGACCAACCCUGCCUUGUGGCUGCUCGCUGUGAGUCAGUACAAAGUCCGGGACACUUUCUGCUCCUACUCAGUGAUGGAGCUUUGCACCAAGGGACUGGGCUCGCAAACUGAAUCCCUCAAGGCACGAGGACUGGACUUGUCCCGGGUGAGGACGUGUGUGGUUGUGGCAGAAGAGCGUCCCCGGAUCUCCCUCACACAGUCUUUCUCAAAGCUCUUUAAGGACCUGGGCCUGCAUCCACGGGCUGUUAGUACUUCAUUUGGCUGCAGAGUGAACCUGGCGAUUUGCUUACAGGGGACAUCAGGGCCUGACCCCACCACCGUCUAUGUCGACAUGAGAGCCCUGAGACACGACAGAGUCCGGUUGGUGGAAAGGGGAUCUCCUCACAGCUUGCCCCUGAUGGAAUCUGGAAAAAUACUUCCUGGGGUUCGGAUCAUAAUUGCCAAUCCAGAAACAAAAGGUCCACUGGGCGACUCCCACCUUGGAGAGAUAUGGGUCCACAGUGCCCACAACGCCAGUGGCUAUUUUACCAUUUAUGGAGAUGAGUCUCUCCAGUCUGAUCAUUUCAACUCCCGGCUGAGUUUUGGAGACACCCAGACCAUCUGGGCCCGAACAGGCUAUCUUGGCUUCCUGCGGAGAACUGAGCUCACAGACGCAAAUGGAGAGCGCCACGAUGCCCUGUAUGUGGUGGGGGCACUGGACGAAGCCAUGGAGCUGCGGGGCAUGAGGUACCACCCAAUAGACAUUGAAACCUCUGUCAUCAGAGCCCACAAAAGUGUCACAGAGUGUGCUGUGUUUACCUGGACAAACUUACUAGUGGUUGUGGUUGAACUUGACGGGUCAGAGCAGGAAGCCUUGGACCUGGUUCCAUUGGUGACCAACGUGGUCCUAGAGGAGCACUAUCUGAUUGUAGGAGUGGUGGUUGUGGUGGACAUCGGGGUCAUCCCCAUCAACUCCCGGGGAGAGAAGCAACGGAUGCACCUGCGAGACGGGUUCUUGGCAGACCAGCUCGAUCCCAUCUACGUGGCCUACAACAUGUAGUCUUGUCUCUUUGGCUUCCACAGAGUUUUCUAGGGAUAUGAACAUUUUUCUCAGUGUCCACAGAGACGUGCAGAUACUCGGGCCACGCUCGCCUGCGCAGAGCCCAGUGUGAUGGGACUAGGGGGGAGGAGGACUUCUCGGAGCAGUCACCCUGGCAUGGAGAUGAAAUGUGAAUUUACUGCUGGAUUUUGCUUAGAAGGACUUUGGAUUACUGCCUUCAGUUCAUUGGAAAAGCUCAUUUCAAGAACUUUCUUUUCUUUGCUUUUUUUAAUUAUUGGAUAAGAAGUGCUUUCUUCGUAAAUGUGGUAUUUUGUUAAGCCUAAAUAGCGAUUUAAAAAAAAAAAUGCCCUCCAGAUGGGUUCUUUUAAAAAAUUUAUGUAGUGUGAAAAAGAGUUGUUUCCUCUGUUUUAAUGUGUCAUGGAAUCUUAAUGACAUGGAUCUGUUACUAAUUUAAGCCAUCGCUAGGUCUCACCCUUCUAGGAGAGUUUACUGAGGUACGAGAACCCUUCCAGGUAGCACCUUCCAAUUAGAUGUUAGCAGCUUUCUUUGUCAGAGACAUGCUAAAGAAACAGAGGCCGAUUUUCGGCCUUUGGAAUUAACAUAGAAUGAGAAGCAAUUAUAAAUAAGGUAUUUCGGCAACUAUCUUGCAAAUAUCUUUGUACUAAACUAAAAAGAUAAAAUAAGUUAACUUCCUUGAUAUGUAAUUAUGUACAAAAUGUUUAAUUUAUUUUGAUCUCUUUAGAAGUAUAAAAGAGAAAAAACAUUCAAGAAUAUUAAAGUCUUGUAAUGUUUGCUAAUAUAAAAAAGUGUUGUAUUAUCUUGCGUGGAUAGUAUCACAACAGAUAUAUAUAUAUGAAAUAUAAAUUCACUAAUGAACAAAGGAGAGUUUAAAGUUUAAAUGCAGAACCUGUCACUUGCAUGGUGCACCCUCCACUGUAUUCACACACACUUUGCUGUUUAGAGCAAUCGCAGAUUGCCCAUGACCUUGUCUCACACCAGAGACCAGCAAGUGGGAUCACUGUCGUCUCUGAGAUGGUGAAGGAACUGAAUGCUGAACGGUCACUAUGGUUUCCUUUCUGUGGGGACGGCAGUGGUGCAUCCAUGCCAGCAUGUGCCAACGACGCUGACGGGGCUCUAGGUUGGCAAAUAAUACCGUUUUCUUAGCUGCAAGAAAUCAUUGCACAAUGUUAAUUCUUUUUUAGCUUUUUGUUGUUGUUGUUGUUGUUCAUGUCACCGUUUUUGUUUUUUUUUUUUUUCCUUCCUUGGUUUGAAAAGAAUGAUACCCUGUGGUCAUGUGUACCAGGUGUCACUGGUCUCCCCUUCCGAUGGAUGCUGUGUGAGUGGAUAGAUGUCCAGAACUGCUUUGAGGGAAACCAUAUAUGUAAUGUCUUCUAGACUGGAGACCCAGCCAACUCUGUGAACUUCUCUGGUCUUGGGUGCAUCCUAGCUUGGCCCUGAGCAACCCCUACACCAGGGACUUAAAACAGAGCUCUGUUAGAGCAAGAUGUCCUGCCAGCUGCCUCCCUGGACUUCCUGUGGGGGAACCCAUCCUGGGUGCUGUCUGCCUACCUUUUCAUUUACAGAGCUUGGCCCUUGUAUCUCUAAGUCAGUCUGGCCUGUCUGCAUCCAACCAAGGAGGAAUUGCCAGCAGUGAGAGUGGGGUUUAUUUUAUAAGUAUGUGCUCCUGCUCUGGCCCCCAGUACUAGGAUAAGCUUGACUAAGAUUGCUGCUAGGCAAAAAUGAGCUUCUUUAUUGAACUGUGGGCAGGGUCUUUGUCUACCCUAGUUAUAUACAGCCAGAAGUAAGCUCUUUGCCAAAAGAGUUUUGUUUGACUUCUGAGAUCCAAGGCUGAUUAAAAAAAUAAUUUAAGUGACACAUUUUUUUAAUUGCAUAUGUAGAGCAUUCUCCCAUCUCCACAAGUCAUUUGAUUUUUCAAACACUGUUUGCUCAUUGCUCUGUGUCUGUACAUGUUUCAGAUGCACAUUCCCACAGUCUGCAGCUUCCGGGGGAAAAUCCCUGCCACAUACAGAAAAAAUUUUUUUUUCAUAACAUAUAUGCACACAAGCACACACAUUUAAGGGGAAGUUGUUUUGACAUUUCAAAUAGGAUACUAAUUAGUAAACAUUACAGCGUGCAGGAAAUCUUCCAUCCAGCUGAUGUUGGGAAACAAUACAAAUGUAGAUGUCACUCCAAACAUACUUCUUACUUUUCACCAUAUCAACUUUACACCCAAAGAGGGCGAGCACUGCAGUGCAGUUGCAAAAGCAGUUCACAGCAGAUCUCUUCUGUAUCCUGUCAUCUGUGACGUUAGACUUGAUUCGAAAGAGUGGGUGGACUGGCUUGGAAGCUUAGUUGUGCAAGAUAAAGGUAAGGGAGACACUUAAGCACCACCAGUUUCAGCAAUAAAGAAGGUUGUUCUGCAUUAGAAAUUAUACUGUAGAUAAAUCAUUCAUGAGAAUGUUCUAAAAAAAUGUUUGUCUUGUGACCAUGUGCUUUUGAAGUCAGCCAAAACUGUGUAAUCAACUUGCACAAAAAGAGGGUACAGGAUGAACAUUGAGACACAGACCUAAUCAAACAGGAGCAGAUUCCUCAUGGUGCUUGUUUAUUAUAUAUAUUUAAUCCUGCUUGACACUUUACCCGAGGGGAUGGUCCCUUUUAUCAGUUGAAUGUUAGCAGCGUUAUUUCAGAUUGUGGUGACUGGUUAGAGAAAACUCAUGUACUCAACCAAUCACAGUUUCAAACAAAAUUUUUAUGUGCAAAGGACAGCAACCUUCUUGUAUGUUCAACCACCAGUACGCUUUGUACAUCUGUGAUAACGCCUGUUUUAUAUUCAAAUGAACAAAUAAAAGCUUUUAUUUUUGUUGCUCUGAAA